AGCAGGAACGAGAGAGGUGCACCUGUUCCUCUUCUCAGCAGCUCUCUCUCUCUUUCUCUCUCGCCCCUUCUUUCUCAGAACGGGGGGGCACAGUUGGGGGUCAGUAUGGAUCCCAAGGAAACUGGUGUGAAUGACAGAGAGAAUGAACAAGAGGAGAAGAAAGAGAAAGACAGAGGGAUUAAGAGAAGAAACCGACUCUUCUUCAGGUACCUGGAGAGGAGGAGGACAGACACCAUCGUGGACGAAGACUCUUCCAAAGGGGACAUCAAUAUCGGGACGCUUGUGAGAAGGAGUCAGUCAGAUAAGACAGAGUACAGCAGUAAACUUAAAGAGAAAAUGUCUCCCCACGAUCUGUCAUUUCCCACCUCCCGCACCCUCCACCCAGAAGAGAUCCGCCACAAGAAAAUGAUGAAAAGGUCAAAGGUCAUUGAGGAACUUGUGAGGACAGAGGGAGAUUACCUGAUGGAUUUGGAUCUAUGUGUCAGAGAAGUGCUGCUGCCUCUGCGAACUGCACAGGUAGUGGAUGUUGACCGUCUCUUCACCAACAUGGAGUCUGUUUGUGCUGUGUCUGACGAGCUUCUGCACAGGUUACAGAAGGCCACUGCAGAACCUGACCCAGAGUCAAAGCUUAUAGGGGACAUUUUCAUCCAAACCAAAGAUCUCAUGGAGGACGUGUACAAGAUCUACUGCUACCACCAUGAUGAGGCCAGUGCUCUGCUGAAGACCUACGAGAAACAGGAGGCCAUCCAGCAACACUUCAGAACCUGCAUAUCAGCACUAAAGCAGAUUUAUGACCAAGAAGGGAAGCCCAAUCUCUUGGACAUGGGGUCCCUGCUUAUUAAACCUGUGCAGCGCAUCAUGAAAUACCCUCUCUUACUGUCCGAGCUGUGGCUGGCCACGCCCACUGAUCACCCUGACAACCAGCCACUUCAGGAAGCACUGACAGCAGCGAAAAUCAUUAACGUCAACAUCAAUGAGUUCAAACGGAGGAAAGACAUUGUGAUGAAGUACAAAAGGAGUGAUGAUGAGGGCACACUGAAGGGGAGACUCAACAAGUUCAAUAUUCACUCCAUCCGCAAAAAAUCUGACCGCAUCACUGGCUACUUCAAGAUCCUCACGGGAGUCGAGCCGCAGGUGCGUGACGAGGUGUUCGAUAAGGAAGAGAAAUUCUUCCGGAACCUGGAGAAAGCCGUCAGGCAGCUGGUUAAAAAUGUCGGCGCCUUCCAGCUCUACGCACAGGACUUGAUCUCUGUCGGAGUGCAGAGUGCUGAAGACUUGGAAGCCAUAAUGAAGGAUUCAGACAAAAUAGACACCAACGGCUACCAGCACAGGAGGAACGGGCAUGAUCCCUACAAACAGCUGAGUGAGCGGGUGGAGCAGGUGGUGCUGGCUCCCCUUUCCACCCUGCAGGCCAUGUUCUCUGCCCCACAGAAGCUGAUCCAGAAGCGUUAUGACAAGCUCCUGGAUCGCUGUAGCUGCCCCGACGCACCCUCUUCCUGCAGCGAGGAGCAACUGCAGGCGCAGCGGGACUACCAGGCCUUGAACGCCCAGCUGGCGGAGGAGCUCCAGCGCUUCAACAACGCCGCCAGCACCAUCCUCACCAACUGCCUGCUGGGUGUGGUGGGACUGCUCAGAGACCUCAUGCAGUCAGCCAGGCCUCCAGUACAGCAGCUGCUUGCUCCACUGUCGAAUGCCAGCGAAGUCCAGCACAGCCUCAUGGAGGAGAUCUGUAGCCUGGCGUUCGUCAGAGAGAACUCCCAGAGGCUGAUGGAGCGCAAGGUUAGCUUUGAGAAGCGGGAAAAAAAGAACGCGACCCCUGAGGCACAGCGGCAGACACAGGCCGACAGGGCCAGGCUGCGGGAGGAAUUCCCCGUCGAGCGCCUCUACCGGCUCCGGAGGAACUGUAACGCCUGCCAGGAUGAAGACGUGACCCUGCUGGAGGGAGAGCUGGUGGGUGUGCUGGAGGACCACGACCCACUGGGCAGCACCAGCCGCUGGCUAGUCGACACCGGCACUACCCGGGGCUAUGUGUAUUCUACCUUCCUAAAGGCCUAUAACCCACAGCGUGACGUCAGUGAGUGUCCGGAUGACUUUGACAACCUGAGCCUGUUUGUGUCGGGCAGCAGGAGUGGCAGCUUGUAUAACUUCAGCCGGUACAACACACCCGACAGCGCCUCUACUCCAGCCGACCAGCAGGGGGAGACAGAGAGCCCCCAGGACGAGACCGGCAUGGCUGUGGAACAGCAUUUCUACGCGGUGUACGCGUUCAACGCGCGCUGCGCUCAGGAGCUCAGUCUGCAGGAGUACCAGCCCGUGCGCAUCCUGCAGUUCUGCGACCUCGGAGGCAACAAGGAUUGGUGGCUGGCCGAGGUCAACGGGCAGAAGGGCUACGUCCCAGCGAACUACCUCGGCAAGAUGUCCUACGCGUGAGACCGGACCAGAACCGACCAGACCAGACCCAGUUAUUUCCUGAGCCUCCCCCAACCACCUUUGGUUUUUAACUUAAUGAAGGGCGUUGUUGCACUAAGAGAUGAACUUUCCUAGCACUUUGCAUUUCUACCUAAAGUGUUUAAUUAUCAACACUGAUGAAGAUUAUAAUAUUUAAGAGGAACUGAUUAUAAUAUAUUUUAUAUAUAUAAAAAUUGUGUAUAAGAAAUUAUUGAAAUGAAUUUUCUAUAAAAUUUAAGUAUACAAAAGCUCAUCCUAUUUGAUGAACACUUCUUUAAA